ACAGUCAGGCUGUGGGUUCUGGACGCCACUGUGGCCCCACCCCUGCUUCUCAAAGCUGGGAGGUGCAAAACCUGUCUGGGCUCAGCUCCAUAGUAGGCAAAUGAUAUGAUGUCAAAGCCACAGCCCGCCCAGCCCCUGUGACCUCCCCCAGCCCUCCCUGCCUCUGUCCCAUGCUCAGAUUCACAAGCUUCAAACAGCUGGGCCCAGAGGGAGGAGAGUGGCAGGAGGAAAGGUAGAUGGCUGGGCACUUGGGCCCACUGAAGCGUGUCACCUCCUGCCCUACGGAACUGCUGGGCCCAGGGCUGGGAGCUGGACCUGUGGGGACCAUUCCCUGCUUUGUGCUUUACACUUCAGUCAAGCAGUGUAUCAUCCCUCCCUGAGAGCCUGCUCAACGCUUGUGUAGAAUUGUGGGCAGCUCUCUGACGGGGAGCUUGUCAGCUAUCAGGACUGCUCACUCACCAUGGCUGAUGAGAAGACCUUCCGAAUCGGCUUCAUCGUGCUGGGCCUUUUCCUGCUAUCCCUCGGCACAUUCCUUAUGAGCCACGAUCGACCCCAGGUCUAUGGAACCUUCUACGCUAUGGGCAGCAUCAUGGUGAUUGGGGGCGUCAUCUGGAGCAUGUGCCAAUGCUAUCCUAAGAUCACCUUUGUGCCCGCAGACUCAGACUUUCAAGGCAUCUUGUCCCCAAAGGCCCUGAGCCUGCUGGAGAGCAGACUUACGGAGGUGAAGAGCCCCCAACCCCCUUAUGUCAGGCUGUGGGAAGAAGCCGCCUACGAUCAGAGCCUUCCGGACUUCACUCACAUCCAAAUGAAGGUCCUGGGCUAUCGUGAGGAUCCCAGGCCCCUGUUGGCCCCCGAGCUGAAGACUGGAGUCAGCAGUGGUGGGGAAGGCGAGCCUCGCACUGCUCAGGCCUGGAUGGAAGCCGCAGUGGUCGUCCAUAGGGGUUUGGAUGAGAGUGAGGUAGAAAUAUCCGGCUCUCAGAGCAGCCCUCCAGCAUGUUCCCAAGGCUCUGCACCCUUGGCGUCAUUCCAAGAUGACCUGGACGUGGGCUCCAGUGAAGGCAGCAGUCCUCACCCAUCCCCACCCAACAGAGAGGAGCCACACACACAGGUGCCCUGGGCCAGCAGGGGUCCACUGGAUCGCUUCAGCGACUUUGCUCUCAUUGAUGACACCCCUACAUCAGAGGACAUGAGCCUGGAGGGGCAGGUGCCGAAGGCAGCUCCGCCCAGCAAGCAGCAGUGGUCCCUGAGGAUGAAGGAGAAGGAGAAGGAGACUAUCCAGGCAAGUGCAGAGGAGCCGGAGCAGGAGGAGGAAGACCUGUACUACGGGCUACCAGACAGCCCCGGGGACCCCCUUCCCGACAAAGAGCUGGGCUUCGAGCCUGAUGUCCAGGGCUGAGAUGAAGCUGCUUCCUGGGUCUAGCCUGACAGCCUCCGUUGUUUUCCACCUCCCAAGCGGGCUUCUGUAGACCGUCAAGUGAGGCAGUGAGCUGAAGCAUAUUGGGAACUGAAAAGAACACACAUGAGGGGCAGCCCCCCACCCCC